AUGCCCAAAACGGUGGAACGGAUCCCGUACUGCGCGACCACCACCACGACUAGGGACGACGCUCUUGCCGAGUUCAUCCGUGCUAAGAUCGAGGGCAACCUAUCCGAGGUGCCCAGCAUCGCAGAGGCUACUACCAAGGAACUCGCUAAGGGAGACGAACCCAUCAAAACAACGCACCAGCUGAUCGGAAAAUUCCUGGCGCUAUCUCCUGAUGAGCCCGACGGCGUGGAGCAUUGCAACAGGUUCAAGUAUUGGCUCCAAGACAAGAACGUCGCCAAUCAUUUGCUGAACAACAUUGUUGAGGCGAUCGCCGAGAAGACGGAAUGUUUGAUCCCUGGUGAGUGGUAG